AAUUUUUUUUGAAGAUUCUGAAAGUAUGGAAGAGGAGACUGAAUUCCGGUUUGAAAGUUGUGUCUGUGCAGAGGACCUCGAAGGUAAAAGUGGAAAGGAAAAAGAGUUGGUCAAUUUGGACGAGAAACGGUGUUACUGCGGGGGCCUCACGGAAGAGCAGGUAAAGACCUUGGAGAACGUAAAAGAAUCAAAGAAACAGGAACGUUAUGUUCGUAAGAAUUUUGCCGUUCUUUUGUUUCACGCCUUUUGGAAUUUCACGUCCUGGCUUGUGGAGUUGUCUUGUAUUUGUUCCAUUUCCAUCAACAAGCAUCAGGUGGCACCUCCUUCUUGGCAGGAAUUCCUUAUCAUUUUUGUGGCUUUUCUCUUUUUGCUUAGCUUCUCCUGUUUAGCAGAGCUAUACUUCAGUAAACUUUGGCCAACUAUACACCUAGAUUGGUGUGUAGACGUUAUAAGAAACGCUGGUUGGAUUUGUGUAGACGAAAAGACUUUGGUACCUGGAGAUGUGAUAUGCCUUAGAAAAGGGGAUGUUUUCCCAGCUGAAGUUCUUGUUUUACGCUCUAAGAACGCUAUUUUGUGUAAUAUUUUGGAAGACCGAAGGGUGGAGAUAUAUACUACUUCAGCUCAACGCCGUGUCGAAACAGGAACUAUUGUUCUAUCUGGAGAAGUCACCGGUUGUAUUUCAUCACUUCCAGUGAGAGAAUAUAAGGGAGAUAGCUCCGAUAUCUUCCAUUGUGAUUGGAAUGGUUUUCAUUCUGUUACAAGUUCCUUGUUUGUUCCCCUUGAGGCUUCUCUUUUGUGUUUUGCGGCAUUGUUUGCAGCAUUGGAAAUCAUUAUCAUGUUUGCUGUACAACAUCGAACUCACGAAACAGUUGUUUUAGACGUUCUUAUUCUAUUAACUAUCGGAACACCGUGGUACUUGUUCUUCUUUGUAGCAAUUGCUGUCGUCCUCUGUUCUUAUCAAUUUUCUACUUGCAAUGCUCCAGUUGUCAAAAAAGUUAGCACCAUCGUUGAGUUGAGCAACAUAGACAAGGUUCUCUUUGGAAUUGAACGCACCUUAACUUGUGAUAAUCCACCUUGUAUUGAAUCAGAAGUGUUUGCUAUGAAUCCUUAUACCACAGAACAAGUUCUGAAUGCAUGUCGGAAAACGAUUUAUCCUGAAUCGGUAACAGAAGAAGGAAAUAGCCACUGUGUUGUAGCGUGUGAUCGACCUGGAUAUCAAAACAUUGUAAUAACGGAUGUAUCUGGACACCGACAUUCCUAUUUUGUAGGUCAUGUAUCAGUAAUAGAGUCGUUGUGUGCAUUAUCGGACGCAGAAAAGUCUAAUAUAGAGAAUGGUGUGAAGAGAUUUGCUGAAAGUCGGUUGUAUCCUUUUGCAGUUGCCGAAAAGAGGAAUGAUGACCAAGAAACUGCAUCAAGUUCUCAUGUCGAGCAAGACUUUGUUUCACCACUCGACAUUCAUAAGAACCAUUCAUUGGUUUUUAUGGGAAUGGUUCCUCUCAAUUAUUGUCCCAGUGAAGAGGCAAAGUAUCUCGUUGAAUCUCUGAAAGCAUUGAAUAUUUCAGUUAUGGUGACGGGAUAUUCACAAAAGUAUCUUUUGGAAAAGAUUUGUGAUGACUUUGGACUGGAGAGCAGUGAGGCUAUUUUCGACCCACCUCUUUACCCUUCGAGUGCAUUAUUAAAUGCUUUCUCGAUUGAAAACAUGUCAAGUGAAGAAGUAGAUAUCCAAUCAGCCGUACAUGAUGAGUUGAUGGAAUCUUUAGAUGCUCCAAUCUUGAAACAUACUGCCGUCAUAGGUUGUACUUAUGAUCAUAUUCUAUUGACAUCAAGAGGAAUAUUGAGUAUUUCGCAUCCCAAGGCUGUGGCAGCAGUGAAGCUGACUUCACAGGUUAUAACAAAGGAGAGUGAUUAUUUUCAUCUUUCGUGGCUUAUUUCUUUCUGUCGAUAUGCAACAAAGAUGUUCAAUGAUUACGCUCAAACAGCUUGCAUUUUUGCUGCAUACUUUUGUAUUAUGACUGCCGUCUUGACUUAUGGUUGGGCCUUUGAUUACUCGUUAUUUGUUGCAGUUAUAGUUUUAUUUUGUUUCCUUGGUGAGACGUUGUGCAUUUGUGGUAUUGAAAUUUGGAAUAUACGUAAGCAAGGAAACGUCACUGAGAGAAAUUCGAAACCAAUCGGUCUGGACUUUUAUGAGUUGUUCAUAAGGUCUAUCUUAUUGAGUAUUUACAGUGCCUUGUCAAGUAUCAUUUUCUAUUUACUUAUUCAUAAUACGCAUGUUUGGAGUGACUCGUUUCAUCUUUCUUCUCUUUCCUUACCACAGAUAGACUCGGUGGCUUAUGCUGUUCAUAGAAAUCAGCAAAGGUCUGCCAUGUUCAUGCAAUCUGGUGUUUUUUCGCUAUCUUUGGUAUAUUUCAUUAGAACUGAUAUAUGGAAAAUUCCUUAUGGGUAUCUUUCGUUGUUGUCGGGUGUGUUGUUCAUGUUGCCGAUCAUUUUUAUUGGCGUAUAUGCCAACUGGUCGUUUGCUCAUAUUGCUUCCAUUGGAUGGGCUUGGUUUCUGGCAGUUCUCAUUUACAAUAUCAUUUGGUUGAUUCCGUUUGAAGUAUGGAAACGAGUUAGUUAUCGUUCUAGCAAAUAUAUAGGACUAGCAAACUUAGUUACUUGGGUCUACAAGCAAUGGCAAAAUGGAAAGCACAAGUUGAAUAUUCUUGUUCAACGUCUCGAAUAAAAUCAGGUUGAGAUUCUUGAA